AUGAAAGAAAAUGCAAGUCUCGCAGAGCGCCAAGACAUCCAUCCAAGCCAAGCACUCGAUGCCACAGCCCAGCACCCCUCCGUCUUCAUCACCGAGCUGCUUACACCACAUAACAGUGCCAUGUCUGAGCUUAUCUCUGGAAUCGCGAAAUUGAGUCCUUUCUCAAAGGUAAAGAAGGCCGUGGACGACGAUGAUCUCGGUGAAGAGACCGACGCCAAUACAGUUGCGGGCGGCGGCCACGCUGCGCGACCAACGGCCAUCACGAAAGAACGGCUCAGGGUCAGCCAUGCCCUGAAGUCCUUCUUAGUACAUGAGGGUGUUCUAGCCGAAAGAGAUGCUGGCUUGGAUUCGGAUUCGGAUCAGCCAACUGAAGGCCUUCGCGCUCUCCUCAACGAGCCUCACGUCAACGUGCCUACAGAAGUCUCAGAUAGAUCACAUCCUCUACCUGACUACUUCGUCAGUUCCAGUCACAAUACUUACCUGGUAGCUCACCAACUCUUUGGAGCAUCCAAUGCUACUGCAUACGAGACCGCUCUUUCUACCGGCGCUCGCUGCGUCGAAAUCGACGCGUGGGAUAACGAUGACGACAACGAGGAACCAAAAGUUACUCACGGGUACACGCUCGUGUCGCACAUCCCAUUUCGAAAGGUGUGUGAAGCGAUCCGGGAUGUUGUCGAUAAAGAGACCGCCGUGGCCUCCAACCCUGCACCAAUCAUGCUUUCUCUAGAGAACCAUUGCUCUACCCAUGGCCAACUCCGGCUUGCGCAAAUAAUGAAAGAAGUAUGGGGAGACAGACUCCUAAGCAAGGCCAUCCGCGAAAAAGGGACUCGUGAGGAAGAGGGUGGUGAGCAUGUUACACUUGAGGAGUUAGGGUCAAAGAUCAUUGUUAUUGUCGAAUAUCACCUCCCAAACGAGGCAGCCAGCAGCGACAGCAGCGACAGCUCUGAGGACGAAGAUGAACGUAAAGAUCACCAAGCCUAUAAAGACCAGAGAAGAGCAACCAAUGCUGGCACUAUCAUUCCGGAGCUUGCAGAAUUGGGAGUGUAUGCUCAGUCCGUUAAACCUGCCAACACCUCGUGGUUUCAAAGCCAGCUUGAGAAUCGGCCACACCACCAUCUCAUCAAUGUCUCCGAAACAGGUCUGAAAGCCUUCUUACCUGCUCAAAGCACUAAAAUUGCUCGACAUAACUCUAAACACCUUAUGCGUGUGUUUCCAAAGGGGACGCGCAUCUCCUCAAAAAAUUUGAGUCCUGUUCCAUUUUGGGGUGUUGGAGCUCAGAUCUGCGCUAUGAACUGGCAAACCUUUGGCGCGCCAAUGCAACUCAAUGAAGCGCUGUUCAGUGGAUCCGACGGCUAUGUAUUGAAGCCUACGGCCCUUCGAGGGGGCGGUAGCGGCAAUCUGAAUACAGGUCGAAAGAAGAAGCUUCGACUUCACAUCGGAGGCGCAACAGAUAUUCCGAUCCCGGCAAAGCGCGACACCGACGAUGUGAUCAGACCAUACCUGACCUGUACUUUGGUCCACCCCAACGACCUAGCAAACAGCCCCACGAAGCGUAAGACUGCUCCAUAUAAGCCGCAUAAGAUCACAGGGUUUCUUCAUCGCGAAAAUCCUGCGCCAACUGAUCCAUUGUGGAAGGAAACGCUGGAAUGGGAAUACGAGGACAAUGAGCUGGUGUUCUUGAGACUCCUCAUCAAAAGCGACGAUAGCUUCGCAAGCAACCCAACGUUCGCGGUUGCAGCACUUCGAGUAUCGUAUGCUGCGCAGGGGUGGAAGUUCAUUAGGAUGCUAGAUCUAAAGGGUCAUGAGACAAAGUGUUCGCUGCUCUUCAUAAUACUCGCAAUCGGCUGGGACCUAUUAAGAGACUCCAAGCUGUCCCUUACUCAUCUGUCCUUGUUUCUCCCUCUGUCUAUCAUGAAAUUUCAUGCUUCAAAUUCUGAGAUCUCUCCUGCCGUCAUUCGCUUCCUUUCCUCAUUUUGACGUCCUCAUGGGUGGUGAGACUCUCACUUAGGUAUGAGGCUAAGCCUACCCCAUCACAGUGUGUCCAACCGUUAGUACACCUAAUAGUACAGUACUGCAGUACAGCGAUUUUGGUCACGUACGUACGUACAGGGCAUCUACUCAGUAUACUGUACUAUACAUGAGGCUGCUGUACUAACUGUUU